AUGGCUGCUGGCGCUGCAGACAAGCUCCGACCGGGGCAGCCAGUAGAGCAAGCAAAGGCGCAAGAACCUUCAUUUGAUGCAACAGGCAAAAGACCGGCUCCUGGCCAACCAGAUGCCGCCUCUUCCAAGCGGCCGCGCAAGAGUGAAGGUGCAGAGCAAGAGAUCAACAUUGAAGGGGAAAAGCCCGAGGUGAACGAUGAAGAAGGCGCUGGAUCGGAACAGGAAAGCGGCAACGGACAGUCCAGCAGCCUCCAAUCGCCAGUCUCGGUCGUGCUCCUCGAUAUUGAGGGCACCGUCUGCCCCGUCUCAUUCGUCAAGGACGUUCUUUUCCCUUACGCCCUGGAGGUCCUCCCGACGACUCUCGCCAAAGAGUGGUCGAGCCCAUCCUUCGCCCCCUACCGCGAUGCCUUCCCUCCAGAGCACUCGGCCACCCCGGAGGCCCUGACCGCUCACGUGCAAGACCUGAUGCGCCACGACGUCAAAAUCGCCUACCUCAAAUCCCUGCAGGGCUACCUCUGGGAAGAAGGCUACGCGUCGGGCGCGCUCAAGGCUCCCUUGUUCCCGGACGUGGCGCCCAAGAUCCUCUCUUGGACGCAGCAGGAGCAGGGUGAUGAGUCGCCCAACGAUUGCGGCCAUGAGGAGAAGGCGAAGAAGAAGAAGGUUCGGGUGAUGAUCUACUCGUCCGGCUCGGUAGCCGCGCAGAAGCUGCUCUUCCGGCACACCAACAGCAGCGCGAGGCCUGACCUGACAGGCGCGAUCACCGACUACUUUGACACGGUCAACGCGGGCCCCAAGACGGAGGCGGCCAGCUAUGUCAAGAUCGCGGCCAAGUAUCCCGACGUGCCGGUGGGCGAGUGGCUGUUCCUGAGCGACCUUGUAAAGGAGGUGGAGGCGGCUAAGGAGGUGGGGAUGCAGAGCUUCGUCCUGGAGAGGCCCGGAAAUGCGGAGCUGUCCGAGGAGGUCAGGAGGAAGCACCGGGUUGUGAAGAGCUUGGAUGAGAUACUCAUCUAG